CAAACAGAGUGGGAGGUAUUUUUUGGGUAUAUAAAUGACAUGCGAAAUGAUUUCUGCAUCAAAUAUCGAAUUACCUCAUUCGAGAAGCAACUGACAUUUUCCCUAAAUCAUGAACUGCUACGGAGUGAUUCUUGUUGUCUUGGCGGCCUUCAUCUGCCAGAAUGAAGCCAGUGUCUCCCCAGUGAUGAAUCACCUGAAUGAAACCGUACAAAGAGUCCAGAUUGGCUUACAACAACGCAAGGGUCGUGUAGCAGAGGACCAAAACAAGAAGCUCCAAGCUUUCACGGAGAAUUUCAGAGGUGUUGUAGCCCACUCAGUUGCUACAGCUAGAAAAGAAUUUGAGGGCAAGGGACCUGAAUGCCUGACCAGUCUGGAAGGACAACUCAAUGACGCUCAGAACAAAGUUUCACCUCUAUUGGAGAAAUGCCUUCAAAACAACAUUCCUAAUGCUGCACCUGUUGAAGCUGGUAUCGACUCAUCAAUAGCCAGAGGUGUAGAAAUCCUAGCUAGAAUUGAGGAGAUUGAAGCCGAAUGUGCAUCUGACAAGGAAAUCGCUGCAAGGGCAUGCAUUGCUAAGAAUAUCCCAAAAGUCUCAGUAUCUGUUGGAGUCUAUCUAGCAUCUGUUGGAAAACUUAAGGGACAAGCUGUUGUUGCUGUUGGCCUGUCAUACGCUAAAAUCGGUAAAUGUGUGAUUGUGCCCCUGAAGGACUUCAAAGUAGAAAUCGAGAAGGCAAAGAGGGAUGCUCGCAAAUGUGUUCAAGCUGCUCAAUAAGUACUUUAUAAAAACAAUCAAACACUCGAAAUUAUCGUUAUAGUUAGUUUUGAGUAUUAACUUGGAUGAGAUGUAUAAAUUCACAAUGAUUUCUUAAUAAAAAAAAUUGUGAGUGAAAAUAUUUCAGUGCCUCUCCCUGUUCCCCAGCAAAAAACAAUUUGUCUGGUGCAUUAAAUGACCACCAAACCUGCGCUUUUGGAGAAAAGCUUUGGAAUUUUUUUUAUUGUGCCCCUGUUACUGUGCCAGCUCACGAUAACUUCAAUAUUGACUCUAUUAUUCAUACGCUCGAAUUUAUCGGAGGUUUUUUAUUAGCUAGACAUCGUGUAAUGAGACAAUGGGCGAAGGGAAGGGAGGCGAUCCCGAUAAGGAAACCCGAAAAUAUAUUGAGAAUUACUGGCAAUGGACAGUACAGCUAAUAUGGUAGGGAAGAGAGGAUAUCCCAAUAGGAAUGCCCAACAAUAUAUUAAACAUCACUGCCAAUGGUAAAAUGAUACUAUACACAACUCUCGCUGUUUUUGCAAUCUUAUGCAUUAAUCAUAGUGAGGCAAUGCUCGAUCCAGAUGUCGUGAAAUGGCUAGAAAACUCCAUAGGUGAAACUCGAAAGAGUCUCGAAGAAUAUAAACGUCAGUUAAUUGACAAUCAGACAUCUUUAAUCCAAGCUUUUCACCAAGCCAAGCAAGAGGCAAAGGAUCUUACUGAUGCCGAAGUUAGGAAACACAUAGGAAGUUUGACAAAGGCUAGGGUCGAAGGGAAGGACGUGGGGGAAUGCACCAGGUUAUUGCAAGCCACACGUCUAAAUGGUUAUCUCAAACACUUCGGUAAUAUUGAUAAGUGCUACAACAACCAGUUCAUGAACUCCGAAAAUGUGGGGCUACGGAUUGAUAUCUUGAUGAGCGAAGGACAGUUACUUCAACGAGAUCUUACAGGCAUCGAUGAGGCAUGCAAAGGCGAAAUGUUUGAAUGGAUAUGUGCCAGAUUACGGUUAUCCACUCUCAAAUAUUCCAAGCUAAUAUGGCAAACCAAAACAAUGAGUAAAGUCAAGCAACCAGAAAGUUCCUUCACGACUGAGAAAUUUGGGGAGUGCGUGGAUUCAGCAGUCAGUGAAUUUAAAAAAAUCUUAAACAGUCUCGACGCAAUGAUUGAUAUGUGCCUCGCUGGUAUAUCGACAGCACCUAGGCUCCCUAUGCUCCCACCUCUAGAUGACCUUUCAAACUACCCAUUUACCCCUAAUUCAGGUGACACCUUUUAUAUAAAUAAAGUGACUACUGCAAAUAAAGUGACUACUAUAUACCACUGAAGAUAUUUGACUGAAAUCUCUGAAAAUUCCAUUGCCUUACAAUUCCACAUCAAUUCUAGAAAAAUUUGCUAUUAGGAAUGUGUGUAACAGUGUAAAUUUAGUGAACUAAGGGCUAUAAAAAUUGUCGGUGUAUAUGUGUAUUAUUUUUUCACCAAAUAUGUAAAAAUACUUUUGACUGAUAAUAAACAAUAAAAAAACAAGAC